GCUGCGCCGCGCUGCGCUCUGCUCCAGCCCCGACCGGGCCGAGGUUGCUGGAUGCCGCGUCUCCGUUUCUGCUGCCUGCCGGGCGGGCUCCGGUGGCCGCAGCAAAGUGGGACACCAAGGCCCUGUGCUAAGCACUCAUAAUCCUCUGGGGGUGCUACCCCAUACAAACAGCACCCCCACCAUGUUUAACCUAAUGAAGAAAGACAAGGACAAAGAUGGCGGGCGGAAGGAGAAGAAGGAGAAAAAGGAGAAAAAGGAGCGGAUGUCAGCGGCAGAGCUUCGGAGCCUGGAGGAGAUGAGCCUGCGACGCGGCUUCUUCAACCUGAACCGCUCCUCCAAGCGUGAAUCCAAGACGCGCCUGGAAAUCUCCAACCCUAUCCCCAUCAAGGUGGCCAGCGGCUCUGACCUGCACCUAACUGACAUUGACUCCGACAGUAACCGGGGCAGCAUCAUCCUGGACUCGGGCCAUCUAAGCACAGCCAGCUCCAGCGAUGACCUCAAGGGUGAGGAGGGCAGCUUCCGUGGCUCGGUGCUGCAGCGGGCAGCCAAGUUCGGCUCACUGGCCAAGCAGAACUCACAGAUGAUUGUCAAGCGCUUUUCCUUCUCCCAGCGUAGCCGGGAUGAGAGCGCCUCAGAAACCUCGACGCCCUCAGAGCACUCUGCCGCCCCCUCACCACAGGUGGAGGUGAGGACUCUAGAGGGACAGCUGGUGCAGCAUCCUGGCCCGGGCAUCCCUCGACCAGGGCACCGAUCCCGAGCCCCUGAGCUAGUGACUAAAAAGUUCCCAGUCGACCUGCGCCUGCCCUCCGUGGUGCCCCUGCCCCCACCUGCCCUCCGGGAGCUGGAGCUGCAACGACGGCCCACUGGAGACUUUGGCUUCUCCCUGCGGCGCACAACCAUGCUGGAUCGCGGCCCUGAGGGCCAGGCCUAUCGGCGGGUGGUCCACUUUGCUGAGCCUGGUGCAGGCACCAAGGACCUGGCCUUGGGGCUGGUGCCAGGAGAUCGACUGGUGGAGAUUAAUGGGCACAAUGUGGAGAGCAAGUCCAGGGAUGAAAUUGUGGAGAUGAUCCGGCAGUCAGGGGACAGCGUACGGCUCAAGGUGCAGCCCAUUCCAGAGCUCAGCGAACUCAGCAGGAGCUGGCUGCGGAGCGGCGAGGGACCUCGCAGGGAGCCAUCCGAUGUUAAAGAGGAGGACAAAACUCUGCCAAAGCCUGGCUCUCCUGGCAAGGAGGAAGGGGCUCUAGAGGGCAGCUCAAAGGAAGGCAACGGCCCAUCUAGGAGUCCUCAGCCUCCCACCAGCCCGAUACCCCCAGAGACUUCCCAGAGAGCCAAGAGCCCUGCACCCACACUCGCCAUGAAUGGCCUGGGAGCUGCCACAGCAGAAGGCCCAAGCGAAGAGGUCCAGGGCCUGUCCCGGAAGCGGGUGGCAAAUGCAGUGAGGAAGGUGGUGAGUAAGGUGCUGCCCAGCGAGGAGCUUGGGAAUGCCAAGGAGCCCCCAGGCAGAGGAGUCAAGUCUCCUGAGCACCCGACUCGAAGCAAGAGGGGAGAAAAGGCAGCUUCUAGUCCCAAGCCGCCACCCCCUCCUCCGCCUCCCCCUGCUCUGCCUAAGCCUGAAGCGAAGAAGGAGGCAGCCAAGGAUGAGCUCUCCCUAGGCCUGCGGAGCCUGAUGUCUCGGGGCAGGGGCAAGGAGCACAAGGCCCGCGGCAAGCAGUCUCCUGGGAAGGGGGAGAAGCCCGCCAGCCAGAAGCCAGGCUCCCCAGACUGGGUGGACUCCCCAGAGAAAGCAGGAUCCCCAGCCAAGCCUGAAACCCCAAAGAAGCAGCGCUCCCCAGCCCCACUGGAAGAGCUGGCGGGCCCAGGCUCCGCUGGCCCGAAGUCAGACCUCACUGGAGAGCAGCAGUCCAAGUCACCAGUCCCUGGUGUGAAGCAGGAGGCAGGAGCUGCCAAGGUCCAGCUGACCCCCGUGGAAGAGGCUCACCAGCGGCUGGAGAGGAUCUUCACAGCUUCUCUGGACUCUGAGGCCGCCUCUCGUGCCCACAGCCAGGCGAAGACAGAAGAGCAGAUUGCAGCGGAGGAGGCCUGGAAUGAGACGGAGAAGGUGUGGCUGGUCCAUAGGGACGGCUUCUCACUGGCCAGUCAACUCAAAUCCGAGGAGCUCAGCUUGCCUGAGGGGAAGGUGCGCGUGAAGCUGGACCACGAUGGGGCCAUCCUGGAUGUGGACGAGGAUGACGUGGAGAAGGCUAAUGCUCCCUCCUGCGACCGUCUGGAGGAUCUGGCCUCACUGGUGUACCUCAAUGAGUCCAGUGUUCUGCACACCUUGCGCCAGCGCUAUGGCGCUAGCCUGCUGCACACGUAUGCUGGCCCCAGCCUGCUGGUUCUUGGCCCCCGUGGGGCCCCUGCUGUGUACUCCGAGAAGGUGAUGCACAUGUUCAAGGGGUGUCGGCGGGAGGACAUGGCACCCCACAUCUAUGCCGUGGCCCAGACUGCAUACAGGGCGAUGCUGAUGAGCCGUCAGGACCAGUCGAUCAUCCUCCUGGGUAGUAGUGGCAGUGGCAAGACCACCAGCUGCCAGCAUCUGGUGCAGUACCUGGCCACCAUCGCGGGCAUCAGCGGGAACAAGGUGUUUUCUGUGGAGAAGUGGCAGGCUCUGUACACCCUCCUGGAAGCCUUUGGGAACAGCCCCACCAUCAUGAACGGCAAUGCCACCCGCUUUUCCCAGAUCCUCUCCCUGGACUUUGACCAAGCUGGCCAGGUGGCCUCAGCCUCCAUUCAGACAAUGCUUCUGGAGAAGCUUCGUGUGGCUCGGCGCCCAGCCAGUGAGGCCACAUUCAACGUCUUCUACUACCUGCUGGCCUGUGGGGAUGGCACCCUCAGGACAGAGCUCCACCUCAGCCACUUGGCAGAGAACAAUGUGUUUGGGAUUGUGCCACUGGCCAAGCCUGAGGAAAAGCAGAAGGCAGCUCAGCAGUUUAGUAAGCUGCAGGCGGCCAUGAAGGUGCUGGGCAUCUCCCUUGAUGAACAGAAGGCCUGCUGGCUCAUUCUGGCUGCCAUCUACCACCUGGGGGCUGCGGGAGCCACCAAAGAAGCUGCUGAAGCUGGGCGCAAGCAGUUUGCCCGCCAUGAGUGGGCCCAGAAGGCUGCGUACCUACUGGGCUGCAGCCUAGAGGAGCUGUCUUCAGCCAUCUUCAAGCACCAGCACAAGGGUGGCACUCUGCAGCGCUCCACCUCCUUCCGCCAGGGCCCCGAGGAGAGUGGCCUGGGAGAUGGGACAGGCCCGAAACUGAGUGCGCUGGAGUGCCUUGAGGGCAUGGCAGCUGGCCUCUACAGUGAGCUCUUCACCCUUCUCGUCUCCCUGGUGAACAGGGCUCUCAAGUCCAGCCAGCACUCGCUCUGCUCCAUGAUGAUUGUCGACACCCCGGGUUUCCAGAACCCUGAGCAGGGUGGGUCGGCCCGCGGAGCCUCCUUUGAAGAGCUGUGCCACAACUACACCCAGGACCGGCUGCAGAGGCUCUUCCACGAGUGCACCUUCGUGCAGGAGUUGGAAAGAUACAAGGAGGAGAACAUCGAGCUGGCGUUUGAUGACUUGGAGUCCCCCACGGAUGACUCUGUGGCUGCUGUGGACCAGGCCUCCCAUCAGUCCCUGGUCCGCUCACUGGCCCGCACAGACGAGGCAAGGGGCCUGCUCUGGCUAUUGGAAGAGGAGGCUCUGGUGCCAGGGGCCAGUGAGGACACCCUCCUGGAGCGCCUUUUCUCCUAUUAUGGCCCCCAGGAAGGUGACAAAAAAGGCCAAAGCCCCCUUCUGCGCAGCAGCAAACCACACCACUUUCUCCUGGGCCACAGCCAUGGCACCAACUGGGUAGAGUACAACGUGACUGGCUGGCUGAACUACACCAAGCAGAACCCAGCCACCCAGAAUGCCCCCCGGCUCCUGCAGGACUCCCAGAAAAAAAUCAUCAGCAACCUGUUUCUGGGCCGCGCAGGCAGUGCCACGGUGCUCUCUGGCUCCAUUGCGGGCCUGGAGGGUGGCUCGCAGCUGGCACUGCGCCGGGCCACCAGCAUGCGGAAGACCUUUACCACGGGCAUGGCGGCUGUCAAAAAGAAGUCACUGUGCAUCCAGAUGAAGCUGCAGGUGGAUGCCCUCAUCGACACCAUCAAGAAGUCGAAGCUGCAUUUUGUGCACUGCUUCCUGCCUGUGGCUGAGGGCUGGGCUGGGGAGCCCCGUUCCGCCUCCUCCCGCCGAGUCAGCAGCAGCAGUGAGCUGGACCUGCCCUCAGGAGACCACUGCGAGGCUGGGCUCCUGCAGCUCGACGUGCCCCUGCUCCGCACCCAGCUCCGCGGCUCCCGCCUGCUCGAUGCCAUGCGCAUGUACCGCCAAGGUUACCCUGACCACAUGGUGUUUUCUGAGUUCCGCCGCCGCUUUGAUGUCCUGGCCCCGCACCUGACCAAGAAACACGGGCGUAACUACAUCGUAGUGGAUGAAAGGCGGGCGGUGGAGGAGCUGCUGGAGUGCUUGGAUCUGGAGAAGAGCAGCUGCUGCAUGGGCCUGAGCCGGGUGUUCUUCCGGGCGGGUACCUUGGCACGGCUGGAGGAGCAGCGGGAUGAACAAACCAGCAGGAACCUAACCCUUUUCCAAGCAGCCUGCCGGGGCUACCUGGCCCGCCAGCACUUCAAGAAGAGAAAGAUCCAGGACCUGGCCAUUCGCUGUGUUCAGAAGAACAUCAAGAAGAACAAAGGGGUGAAGGACUGGCCCUGGUGGAAGCUCUUUACCACAGUGAGGCCCCUCAUUGAAGUACAGCUGUCAGAGGAGCAGAUCCGGAGCAAAGACGAGGAGAUCCAGCAGCUGCGGAGCAAGCUCGAGAAGGUGGAGAAGGAGCGAAACGAGCUGCGGCUCAACAGUGACCGGCUGGAGAGCCGGAUCUCGGAGCUGACAUCGGAGCUGACAGAUGAGCGUAACACAGGAGAGUCUGCUUCCCAGCUGCUGGACGCGGAGACGGCAGAGAGGCUCCGGGCUGAGAAGGAGAUGAAGGAAUUGCAGACCCAGUACGAUGCACUGAAGAAGCAGAUGGAGGUUAUGGAAAUGGAGGUGAUGGAGGCCCGUCUCAUCCGGGCAGCGGAGAUCAACGGGGAAGUGGAUGAUGAUGAUGCAGGUGGCGAGUGGCGGCUGAAGUAUGAGCGGGCUGUGCGGGAGGUGGACUUCACCAAGAAACGGCUCCAGCAGGAGUUUGAGGACAAGCUGGAGGUGGAGCAGCAGAACAAGAGGCAGCUGGAGCGGCGGCUCGGGGACCUGCAGGCAGACAGUGAGGAGAGUCAGCGGGCUCUGCAGCAGCUCAAGAAGAAGUGCCAGCGGCUAACAGCUGAGCUGCAGGACACCAAGCUGCACCUGGAGGGCCAGCAGGUCCGCAACCACGAGCUGGAGAAGAAGCAGAGGAGGUUUGACAGUGAGCUCUCGCAGGCGCAUGAGGAGGCCCAGCGGGAGAAGCUGCAGCGGGAGAAGCUGCAGCGGGAGAAGGACAUGCUCCUUGCUGAGGCUUUCAGUCUAAAGCAGCAACUAGAGGAAAAAGACAUGGAUAUUGCAGGGUUCACCCAGAAGGUUGUGUCUCUAGAGGCAGAGCUCCAGGACAUUUCUUCCCAAGAGUCCAAGGAUGAGGCUUCUCUGGCCAAGGUCAAGAAACAGCUCCGGGACCUGGAGGCCAAAGUCAAGGAUCAGGAAGAAGAGCUGGAUGAGCAGGCAGGGACCAUCCAGAUGCUGGAGCAGGCCAAGCUGCGACUGGAGAUGGAGAUGGAGCGGAUGAGACAGACCCAUUCUAAGGAGAUGGAGAGUCGGGAUGAGGAGGUGGAGGAGGCCCGGCAGUCGUGUCAGAAGAAGUUAAAACAGAUGGAGGUUCAGCUGGAGGAAGAGUAUGAGGACAAGCAGAAGGUGCUGCGAGAGAAGCGGGAGCUGGAGGGCAAGCUCGCCACCCUCAGCGACCAGGUGAACCGGCGGGACUUUGAGUCAGAGAAGCGGCUGCGGAAGGACCUGAAGCGCACCAAGGCCCUGCUGGCGGAUGCCCAGCUCAUGCUGGACCACCUGAAGAACAGCGCUCCCAGCAAGCGAGAGAUCGCCCAGCUUAAGAACCAGCUGGAGGAGUCAGUGUUCACCUGUGCGGCAGCUGUGAAAGCACGGAAAGCAAUGGAGGUAGAGAUCGAAGACCUGCACCUGCAGAUUGAUGACAUCGCCAAAGCCAAGACAGUGCUGGAGGAGCAGCUGAGCCGCCUUCAGCGUGAGAAGAAUGAAAUCCAGAACCGGCUGGAGGAGGAUCAGGAAGACAUGAACGAAUUGAUGAAAAAGCACAAGGCUGCGGUGGCUCAGGCUUCCCGGGACCUGGCUCAGAUAAAUGAUCUCCAAGCUCAGCUAGAAGAGGCCAACAAAGAGAAGCAGGAGCUGCAGGAGAAGCUACAAGCCCUCCAGAGCCAGGUGGAGUUCCUGGAGCAGUCCAUGGUGGACAAGUCCCUGGUGAGCAGGCAGGAAGCUAAGAUACGGGAGCUGGAGACACGCCUGGAGUUUGAAAGGACGCAAGUGAAACGGCUGGAGAGCCUGGCUAGCCGGCUCAAGGAAAACAUGGAGAAGCUUACUGAGGAGCGGGAUCAGCGCAUUGCAGCCGAGAACCGGGAGAAGGAACAGAACAAGCGGCUACAGAGGCAGCUCCGGGACACCAAGGAGGAGAUGGGCGAGCUUGCCAGGAAGGAGGCCGAGGCAAGCCGCAAGAAGCAUGAACUGGAGAUGGAUCUAGAAAGCCUGGAGGCUGCUAACCAGAGCCUGCAGGCUGACCUAAAGCUGGCAUUCAAGCGCAUCGGGGACCUGCAGGCCGCCAUCGAGGAUGAGAUGGAGAGUGAUGAGAAUGAGGACCUCAUCAACAGUUUGCAGGACAUGGUGACAAAGUAUCAGAAAAGAAAGAAUAAACUUGAGGGAGACUCGGAUGUGGACUCGGAGCUGGAGGACCGGGUCGACGGGGUCAAGUCCUGGUUGUCGAAAAACAAGGGACCUUCCAAGGCAGCUUCUGAUGAUGGCAGCUUAAAGAGUUCCAGCCUCUCUAAGGAGGCCUCAGGGGUGGAGGAGAGGCCGUCCUCGGUGGUGAGCUCCCUGAGCUAUCGGAAGCGGCUCACCCUGAAGGACUCCAUUGGGGGCACCGGGGAUGCGGAUUCGCUCUUCACCUCCCUCAGCGAGCGGGCGGCCUCCCCAGAGAGGCCCCCUAGGAAGGCCCGUGGGGUCCCCAGGGAGGAGCCAGGCCCGGGCAGGAAGUCUGAGGAGCCGGAGGAGUGUGGCUCUGUCCUCUCGGGGACUGGGGGGCGCGCUGGCCGGGGGCUGGAGAAGCGGUGGGGCUCCGACUUCAGCCGGGCCUCCACCGUCUCUGCACCCGUCAGCCGGGCCUCCUCGGCCACGCGGCGGGGCUCUGGCGAGGACAGGGCUGGCUCUUCCCUGAGUUUCUCGCUGUCGGGCUCGCCCGGUUCCCGCCGCAGCACCUCCCGGCUCGACAGCCUGUCCAGGACGCUCAGCCCUUCCCUGAGCCGGGCCUCUGGCCUAGGCCGGCAGAGCCCUGAUUCCCGCCUGUCCCUGGGCCGGAGCUGCCUAGAGGAAUGGGACGACGGAGCCAGUGUGGCCCUGAGCGAGGCCUGCUCGCAGUACAGCCACCCGUCGCUGGCACGCAGUCUGUCGGUGCCACCCCGGCCACGCAGCUCUGCCUCGGCCAUGGAUGAGCCUCCCAGCUCCAGCGUCCGCUCCGUCAGCCGUCACUCGUACCUGGACCCAGACCUGGAGGCUGCCAUCAACGAGGUCUUGAGCUACAAGCCUGUUCCGUUCCAGCGGAGCAGCCUGGAGCCCGACUCCGAGGAGGAUGACAGGAAGAGCAUCCAAAGUGCCCGGAGCGCCCAACUGGACCCCCCGGAGCGAGCUGCCAGCAUCCGCCGCUCCGCCUCUGCUGCUGAUGUGUCCCGGUCCCGCAGCGGCCGGAAGAGCCGGAGCCGGCGAAGGAGCAGAAGGAGCAGCUCCAGCUCCAGCUCCAGCUCCAGCUCCAGCUCCGAAGCUUCCUCGGAGCACAAGAGGCGGAAGAAGGGGCGCUCUCGGAAGAGCAAGAAGUCUAAGUCGAGAAGAAAGAGAACGGAGACGGAGUCUGAGUCCUCCUCGUCGUCAUCCAGCGGCUCGACCGUCUCCAGCCACAGCCGCUCCAGUGUGAAGAAGGGCCCAGCUGCAGAAAGUGAAGAGACUGGGCAGACGCACCAGCUGUCGAGGAAGGAGGAAAAGAAGCGCAAGAAGGAGGUGGACAGCCUGAUGAUGCGGUACCUGUACCGGCCCGAGAGCGACUAGCGCACCCCACCAGCUACUGGAAGUCCCUUGCCCCUGACCGGUCAGAUGAUGAGCACGACCCUCUCGACAACACCUCCAGACCCCGAUACUCCCACAGCUAUCUGAGUGACAGCGACACAGAGGCCAAGCUGACGGAGACU